AUGGCCAGACCGCCCUCCACCGCCGACCCGCACCUGCAGUACCGGCGCACGGAGCGGCCGUCGUCGUUCAUCCACAGCAACCUCCCGGACCCGCCCGUCUCGACCACGGCCCGCCUCCGCGCCGCCCUCACCUCCGGCGGCGUCGACCGCAUCAGCCGCCUCCCCGACUCCCUCCUCCGCGAAAUCGUCUCCCGCCUCCCCGCCAAGGACGCCGCCCGCACCGCCUUGCUCGCCGCGCGCUGGCGCGGGGUCUGGCGCUCCACGCCGAUAGCCCUCGUCGACACCCACCUCCUCCCCAACGGCGCCAGCGCCAGCUCGCUGGACGUCACGGCCACCGUCUCCCACAUCCUCGCCGCGCACCCGGGGCCCUUCCGCUGCGUCCACCUCACCCGCGGCCGCAUGGGCGAGCACCCGGCCCACCUCAGGCUCUGGCUCCGGCUCCUCGCCGCCAGGGGCGUCCAGGAGCUCGUGCUCGUCAACCGCCCCUCGCCCAGCGGCGACGUGCCCGUGCCCCUCCCGAAGACGCUCUUCACCAUCUCCACCCUCACCCGCCUCUACAUCGGCGUCUGGAAGUUCCCCGACGCGGCCGGCCUCGGCGGCGCCUCCUUCCCCCACCUCCGGGAGCUCGGCAUCUGCAGCGUCGCCGUGGAGACCGGCGACAUCGACCUCGUCGUCGCCAGGAGCCCCGCCCUGGAGAUCCUCAACAUCCAGGGGACCAUGAACGGGGUGCACCUCCGCCUCAUCAGCAAGAGCCUCCGGUGCGUGCAGAUCUGCGCCUUCGUCCUGGAGAGCGUCGAGGUGGUGAGCGCCCCGUGCCUCGAGCGCCUCAUCCUCUCGGAAUGCCUCAGCACUGCCGGUGGGUCCUGUACCACCGUGAAGAUUGGCAAUGCCCCCAAGCUGACCUUGUUCGGAAAGCUCGAGACUGGAAAAUACGCGCUGGAGAUCCAAGACACUGUCAUCAGGGCUGGGAUUAAGACAGGUCCAAGCAUGAUGGUCACGAGCGUCAAGACACUUAGCUUGAAGGUGCGCUUCGGAGUCCACAACGAUGUCAAGAUGGUGCCUGCCUUACUCAAAUGCUUUCCCUGUCUUGAGGCUCUGCACAUUAUGUCUGGAAAAUGUGACCAUCCCGCUGGCAAGCUCAACCUGGAGUUCUGGGAAGAGGUUGGCCCCAUCGUAGGCGUGCGGUUGCGCAUGAAGGUGAUGACAUUCCUUGACUACCAUGCGCAGCAAGAUGAGAUUGCCUUCCUCCAGUACAUCUUCCAGAACGCGCAGGUGCUCAAGUAUGUGCUGGUUUCGGCGGUCAAUCCAAGAUACACUCCACUGUCCAACGAUGAUAUGUUCAACACCUUGUACGGUUUGAGCGAUGAUUUAUGGCUCAGCAAGUUCUCUUUUGCUAUUGGCGGGACUCAUGGUCCGGAAGGAGGUGAACCCUGGACUUUCCAACGAGGAGCAAACUUUUCAGACAGCGACCCUUUGGCACCGGUCAAAUUCAUCAUAAGGGCUGCAGGUCCGGAGACUCACCAGCAGAAACCGCAAGCUGACAAGACUCAACAGCAGAAGCCGCAAGCUGCCAAGACUCGCCAGCAGAAGCCGCAAGCUGCCAAGACUCGGCAGCAGAAACCGCAAGCUGCCAUUGCCAAGACUCGGCAGCAGAAGCCGAAAGCUGGCAAUCGUUGCAACUGAGAUCCUCGCCACGGAGCAAUGGAGCGUGGAGUAUGCACCACGGGCUGGCUUGUUUGAUCUGCAGAACUAGCCUGGCUUGGUUGCUGUCCACGGCUCUUGUAAUGAUCGAGUUCUGUGGUUGUGUGUAAGUUGCUAUUCUGCUUUGCAUGAGAGAGAGCUGU